UCAGGAGUCGGGCUAAACGUCAUAAAAAUUGGAGUAACCGAGCCAUUGUUUUCGUAUGUUGGAAUUUUAUUUCUGAAUUCAGAUUUCGCACAUAAAUUAUGGCGCAUUCUAGACUAGACCGGGUUGGAACGAUUUACUCGAGAAUAACGCAAUUGAUACGAGGCGGUACUAUGAAGGAUGAAAAUAUACCGAUAUGGUACGAAGUAUAUAAAACUUUUCCCCCGAUAUAUGAGCCGCGUUAUGACAGACCAGGUUCUAAAGAGCCGCUAAGAAAUAUUUAUUACGAGGAGGAUUUAGUAAGAGCAAAAUUUCACAACGAUAUGAAGUUUUUACCAUCGAUGUCCCUGCAAGAUAAUAAAGCGAGUCCUACACGAAAGUUCCUCGAUUUGUAUGCGAUACAUAAACAGGAUAGUUCAGAAAGUACAAAAGCAUAUGAAAGAGCAAUGACUCGAUAUAAGUCAAUAUAUCCAAGGCGUAAGUAUCCACAGCCAGCAUCGGAAGACAGUAAAAUUAUUGAAAAUAGCGAAUAAAAGAUUUUAUUGUUUCAUACGUAUUUCCAAUAAUGCAAUAGACUUCUUUAAAAAAGAAAUUAAAUAUACAUAUACAUUGUUCGUGUUACUUGUUUAACACCGUGCAAGUGCUAAUAAAAUCAAAUAUUACUGAUAUAAAUUGUACUAACUGCGAACUGUAUAAUAGAAAUUUUUAGAUACAUUUAAUAACAAAAAUGAA